UACAAGAGUACCAGAUUCUUUACAACUCCCUGCAGAGUCAACUGAAACGGGAUGAAACUUUUCAACGACUUCAUUUUCAACAGCAACACAUGGUUUUGCAUUACUAUCUAGUACAAUACCUUCUCAGUUUGCAGUUUCUUUCACCAGUCAACAAGGAUACUUCUCCAGAAGCAGUCGUUUCAAAGUCUGAGAAAACUGAUGAAUCAGAUAAGUUGUACCCUGACCCCAACCGUUAUGUAACGGGAAGAAAAAUCACUAAGCCUGAUGGUGUGGAGAAUUUGGAAAGAACUGAAAAGGAAAUGAAAAAGGUAGAACAACAAAUAAGUUUGGAAGUAACAGGAAAUCCUUCUCCAAAAGAAUGUGAUUUGAAGAAAAGGAUGAAAAAAGAAACAAGUUUAAAAGUAGCAGAAAGUGACCCAAAGAAAUGGAUAAAAAGACAGAAUAACGGAAAGACAGACAAAAGGCCUCUGAAGAAAGAGAAGCCACAGCAGAACAAGAGCGACAUUGAAGGUUUGAAGAAGAUCGUGCAAAAGAAACGACUGAAAAAACAACAGUUUCAACCACAGUUCGACCCUAAAGAUUUUCCCAAGUUAUUUGAUGCGUGUAAAGAGAACAAGCCUAAAAUUGAUACAAAGCUAGAUAAUUUGACUGCAGACGACAAAGCUGGAAAACAGCAGAUCAGAGUAUUUGGUUUGAAGUCACUGGAAAACGAUUCUAACAGGAAGAAAACUUACUGCAAAGAAAAGUUGAGAAAUGAUCAAGAACUAAGAAGUAAUGAUUCUGUUUGUCAACUCAAAAAUUGUGAAAAGUCAAACUUAAAUAAAAAAGAAACCAGAUGUCAGAAAGACCUUGAGAUUUUGUCCCCUGGUGGGUUAGUGGUAAGUCUAUGA